AUGGAAGAGGUAUUAAAUAACAUCGAAGACACCACAUAUACAGAAAACGCUCCUAUUGCAGGGGCAGGUGUCGUAGAAUGGAAACCAAGAAUAGGUAUGAAGUUUGAAAUUGAAGAAGAGGCAUAUGAUUUCUAUAAUUCAUAUGCUGGUCGAGUUGGUUUUAGCAUCCACAAAGAGUAUUUUAAUAAGAGCAAGAAGACUGGUAAACUGUCAUCGAGAUUGUUAACAUGCUGCAAGGAGGGUUUCAGGGGUGACGACAUUCGGGACAGAAUAAGCCCUUACAAUUCAUAUGAGUUGAUGGGAAGGCAAACUGGUGGAAAACAAUCAGUCGGGUACAUGAAGUUGGAUUUACUAAACCAUAUAAGGACCCGAAGACAAACUGAGCUCGAAUAUAGAGAGGCAGCAUGGCUAAUGAAUUAUUUUGAGACUCAGUCUUGUGAAGAUCCAUCUUUCUUUUAUGCAUUCCAAUUGGAUAGUGAUCAAAUGAUCACUAACAUAUUCUGGGAUGAUUCAAAAAUGAUAGUUGAUUAUUACAAUUUUGGAGAUGUUGUAAGUUUUGACACAACAUACAAAGUUGUACAUGGCAACUGUCCAGUUUCUUGGGGUUGA